AAAACAGCCGAGCUCUGCUUGUCGGUGCGUGACCGCGCGUGCGUUUCCUGCUGCCUCUCAUGGACAUCUUGACGCGCAGAUCCGGAGAAGAGAACAGCUACAACAUCCUCCCCUCUGCGGCAACCAUGCUUUUCCAUGGCCUCCCCGGGGGCGACGUGCACGGUGUGGUGGAGGAGAUGGAGAGGAGAGGAAAGGGCGAGUCAGCGGCCAUCAGCUCAGCCAUCGAUAUGGGGGAGUCAGAGACGUCCCUGCCGUGCAUGAGCAGUGGGCGCGUGGCUCUGUGCGCCGGCUGCGGCAGGAAGAUCUCGGACCGGUACUACCUGCUGGCCGUGGACAAGCAGUGGCACAUGCGCUGCCUGAAGUGUUGCGAGUGCAAGCUGAACCUGGAGUCCGAGCUCACGUGCUUCAGCAAGGACGGCAGCAUCUACUGCAAGGAGGACUACUACAGAAGAUUUUCGGUGCAAAGGUGCGCGCGGUGCCACCUGGGGAUCUCGGCCUCAGAGAUGGUGAUGCGGGCUCGGGACCUGGUCUACCACCUGAACUGCUUCACGUGCACGACAUGCAGCAAGAUGCUGACCACCGGGGACCACUUCGGCAUGAAGGACAGCCUGGUGUACUGCCGCCUGCACUUUGAGACUCUCCUGCAGGGAGAAUAUCAGACACACUUUAACCACCACGCGGACGUGGUCCCGCACAAAGGCCUGGGUCCGGCCAACGCGCUCGGACUAUCGUACUUCAACGGCGUGGGGACGGUGCAGAAGGGCCGGCCCAGGAAGAGGAAGAGCCCGGGGCCCGGGGCCGAGCUGGCGGCCUACAAUGCGGCCCUGAGCUGUAACGAGAACGACGGUGAGUCCAUGGACCGGGACUCUCAGUACAGCUCCAGUCAGAAGACCAAACGCAUGCGGACGUCCUUCAAGCAUCACCAGCUGAGGACAAUGAAGUCCUACUUCGCCAUCAACCACAACCCCGACGCCAAGGACCUCAAGCAGCUCGCGCAGAAGACCGGCCUCACCAAGCGGGUCCUACAGGUCUGGUUCCAAAAUGCCCGAGCCAAGUUCAGGAGGAACCUGCUGCGGCAAGAAAACACGGGGGUGGACAAAGCGUCUGACGGCUCCACGAUGCAAGGUGGGACGCCCUCAGGCCCUGCUUCUGAGAUCUCCAAUGCCUCCAUGAGCCCCUCCAGCACCCCCACCACCCUGACAGACUUGACAAACCCCUCCAUGCCCACAGUCACCUCUGUACUCACCUCAGUGCCGGGUGGCAUGGAUGUCCACGAGUGUCGUAGCCCAUCACAGACCACACUGACCAGCCUCUUCUGAUGGUCGGAGCACUAACCCCUCCCCUACUUUCCGUCAAACACACACACACACACACACCCCUCCUCCAACACACACACUUCUUUCAUCCCUGGCCCUCUUCCGGAUCUAAAACUGAGCACUGUUAACACAUCCAGACUUUAAACAGAUUAGUUAAAAGAAGGAAACAAGCAGAAAAGAAUCCUAGAGACGAUCUGCAGCGUGAGGAGGCUGAGCCUCACAGAUGGAACAGUUCUUAUUUUGAUGUUGUCUUGUUGAGAACUUAGGAGACCUGGUUUGCAUUUUUUAUGUUUACAGAGAAAGACUGGAGAAAAGAAAUACUUAAUUUUUGGGGGAAGUGUUGUUUUUUUUUUCCCCAGCACAGUAUUUAUGUUGUUGUACACGAGUCACUGUUAGCAG